CGGCAGAGAACCCGCAACAAGAUGGAGCGAGGCUUGUGUAUAUCGUUGUUACUGCAAGCUAGAAGAAUGCCAGGGCGGGCUGCUAGGCUCCAACCCUUCACGCAAUCUAAACUGCUCACACGCCAUUUCCAAUCUCAGCACGAGCGUGUACCCGCACACGUAAGGACAUGGCCGAGUGCAGCUGGGCCGGGCAGUGAGUUUUGCAGGCCGUCUCCUGGCCUACUUCGCUACCGCCGGGUUGCGCCGACCGGCUACCUAUACUCCACGAAAGCCAUUUUGUAAUUUGGUCUGGCCACCGACCGGGCGGGUGAUUUCCGCCCCUCACUACUAGCGUGUUCCGAGUCGGGAAACGGGGGAGACGGGCGAGCCUGGCGUGCUUGACUUGGGCCCUGGAGGGUAGAAGGACCUCAGGCGGUUGAAGGCCCGGCAAUUGGCGACGGUGGCUCGAGUCGACCGAAGAUUCGGACGUGAGUCGAAGCGGAGGACUAGGCGACUCUCACUCACAUAGAGACAACGGUCCUAUAAACUGCACUAGGUUACUUGCUCCCCCUGCCACCACACAUACAGUGAGGACGAGAGGCAUGGCAGUUGCCACUGGCGGUGGCAACUUACAGACAGCUGCCCUGCCGCUCUACGUCCAGAGAUUGGGGCAACUCCUCAACAUAUCGCCGUUAUUGGACCACAUUGAGAAGGUUUUUGCCGGCUCAGAUGACGAAAACUUCAAGAGUAAACAAGACUACUACCAACUAAUGCUUCAGAGUGGAGCUGUGCCCACCACUGAACACUCACUCACUCACUGA